CGGUACGCUCUCCUGCGAGCGCAGAGCCAAGGGGCGACCCCGGUGCCGUCCUCCCUCCCCGGGCGCCACUUAAGCGCCUGCUAACAGCAAGCCCGUCAGGACGUCGCUGGAGUCGCGGUGGUGAACGAUCGCAGGCAGUCGAGCCGGGCUGUGGGCUCGCAGCGGCGGCUCCGCUGCCUAGUGACAUCACUCCCGAAGCGCAGAUCCCCCUCUAAGCUGCCUGCACUAGCCUCCGUUGGUCCGUCUGCCUCCCCAGAGCCCCGGACCCCCGCGCGCCGGAGCAGGCGGCUUCCCAGGCUCGGCUCGGGCAAGCGGGAGCCGCUGGGGGGAAGAGACGGAGCGGGAGAGAGACAGAGAGAGGGAGGAAGAGACGGCGUGAGGAGGACAGCGAGAAGCAGAGACACAACACACGAGCCACAGCAUGAAAUUCAUCUCCGCUUGUUACUUGCUGCCUCUUCUCCCUGCGCUAGUCUUUGGCUCUAGACAGGGCUAUGAAGAACUGGAAAGACAGCUGAAAGAAGUCUUUAAAGAAAGGAGCAAUAUCCUUCGUCAACUGUCGAAGACUUCUAAAGAACUUGAGGGGAUUAAAGUAAACCUCCAGUCUUUGAAAGAUGAUGAAGCAUCGGCCAAGAAUGAUGUGCAGAAACUUCUGGAACUGGGCCAAAAGCAAAGGGAAGAAAUGAAAUCUCUCCAGGAGGCCUUUCAAAAGCAGCUUAAUGAGGCAGCUGAGAAAGCAGAAAAGCAGCAGGCUACCAUUAACUUUUUGAAGACUGAAAUGGAAAGGAAGAGCAAAAUGAUCCGUGACCUCCAAAAUGAGAACAAAAGUCUCAAAAACAAGCUCCUGUCAGGAAACAAGCUUUGUGGUAUUCAUGCAGAAGAGUCAAAAAAGAUCCAGGCCCAGCUGAAAGAGCUUCGUUAUGGGAAAAAGGAUUUGAUUUUUAAGGCGCAACAGCUAACAGAUCUGGAGCAAAAACUAGCAGUUGCAAAAGAUGAAUUGGAAAAGGCAGCCCUUGACAAAGAGUCACAGCUGAAAGCUCUGAAGGAGACUGUACAGCUCUGCCUGUCUUCCGUUCUGCACAAUCAGCCUCCCGCCAGGAAUCUGAUCCCUGCAAAACCAGCGGAGAAGCUGAUGGCCCCCGUGACAAAGGGCUCAAAAGUUCCAUUGCAAGUGACAAGCACUAAGCCAAACAUCUCAGCAGACAGAGAGAGUCUCCGCAUUACCUCAAGAAAGAAAGACAACCAGAGCAUCCAGGGGUGUGAUUCUCAAGACGUUGGCAAGACAUGUUUGGGGAACCGCAAUAAUUCAACAUCUCAUUUGAAGGCAGCAGAAACAGAGACAAGCUUUCAGAAGUUGCACAGCCCUCUGUGGACUAAAGCUGAAGAUAAAAAAUCACCUGAAAGAAAUGAGAGAAAGUUUGAAGAGUCUGUUAGUACAAAAGAGAAAAAACUCUAAGCACUACUAAUCUACAUUAAAAAUGUUCUUUACUGGCUCCCGUCUUCAUUUUCUUUUUAGUUCAGAGGCAUGAAAUGUACCUGGUUUCUAAAGCAUGCAUUUUUUCACUAUUUUAUGAAUGUUUGUAAAAUAGUCUAGAAUAGACCGAUUAGUAUAUUUAAGCAAUAAUCCAAAAUGGAUGUUUGAAGAAAUGCUUUGUAAUACAGUCCAGUUUUUGAAAUAUAAUUCUAUCCUGAUCAGUAAUUGCAUAUUAUGAAUUUGUUUUGUAAACAAUUGCCAUUCUCAAGUAUCAUUUUCUGCGUCUGUUCUACUUCAUGUACCUUUACAACAGAUCAGGAUUUAGAUCAAGUUAAGAAUAAAAGGCAGUUAACACAGAAAAAUAUUUAAAAAUCUUUGUAAGCAUAGUUGAAGUAUAGUGCCACUCAUCAGAGUAACUGUAAAAAUGGAACAGUAAGGAUCCAUGUAUAUUUACAUUUCAGUAAUACCAUUUCAAGUCUGCUUACUUAAACAAUAAAAGAUGUUUUGUUUGUU